AUGGCAUCUCUCAGCAGCUCUAACACAGCCUUUGCCUUGGAGCUGUACCGCACUCUGGGUCAGACCAACACAGGGAAUAUCUUCGUCUCCCCCUUCAGUAUCAGCUCAGCGCUGGCCAUGGUCUACCUGGGGGCUAAAGGAGACACAGCCUCUCAGAUGGCAAAGGUAAUACACGCAUACUCAGAUACACACAGUGGCAAUUUUAGCAUGUAAAUCUUGGUGGGGCAAAAAAGAAAGAAAGGGGGAUGCAUGCCAGCAAAGCCACUACACAACACAACACUAAACAAUACAUUAAUUGCACUAUAACGGUGACAAACGUUGCCCACAAACUGUUAGGGCCUACAUAAAGCUGUCCCAACAGCAGUCCCAACAUGUUACCACUGCUACACCUGGCUAUCAGCGGAGCCUUGUCUGGCAGCGAAACAGUUCAUUCAGCCUCAUUUACUGCAUUUAAAAAAACAUAGCUGAUAUGGCUGACUUGCUUAAACAAAUGUGGUUUCUAAUGACAAUGAGAUGUACAAACUAUGGCAUAAGGGGACGACAAGCGGAUAAGAGGCAAUCCGUAAUUUCGAUUAACACAUUAAUGAGCGAGCUAGGACGGACGUAGUCAAUAUAACUAUUUGUUUAGCACUUUUGAAAUGUACAGCGACGGAAUUCAGAACAUGGGCCAUUCUUACAGUGUUCUCCCUGUACACCAAGUCAGAACCGUAGGAUAAAUAAAGGGGGCAUAUAAGCAGACAAUGAAAGCUCUUACAAUAUUCAAUGAUUAAAUUUCUCUAAAACAGGUUAUAGGCUACAUGUGCACCACCAAGUCAGAACAGUAGGCAAAAUUAAGAAGGGAAAAUAGACCAAAUUAUUAGGGUGAGGCACAUGGGCUACUAACAGCUUACUACACAACAUACAUUUAGCUACAGUGUACAUAUCACCCUGGGAUAUUACAUAAUUUAUGCAGCAACAUACAAUACAUUUUUGGACUCACCCUGUUGUGCUGUGCUCACUUGAACAGGAAGGUGACGCGGCGGUCGUUCGUGGGCAAAUUUUGUCAUCAAAGUCUGGCAUUCUCUGGAUUUAUGGUGCUUUCAAGACAACUGGGAACUCUGGAAAAAAAACAAGAUCGAAUCAUGAUGACGUAGCUCUAGAAAGAGGCAUUCAAUUCCAAGUUGAAUGACUGUUCAAAACGUAUUUUCCCAGUAGGAGCUUGUUUAUUCCCGACUUCCCAGUUGUCUUGAACUCAAGUUUUCGCAGUUCCGAGUUAACAGUUGUUUAGAGCGUGGCACAAAUCAUGCUUCAUUGACAGCAUGGCCAAUAUUGAAUGUUUAUCAUUUGUGUUGGACCACACAGCCACUCCACUGAAUAGCAGGCUAGUGAUUGCUUUGCAAUGCUUGCAGUUAGCCACUGUCACUGAUUCCUUCCAAACCACUCAUUGUUGAAUUUGCGAUUUCCAACUUGUUGUGUAAUGUUUAUGUCCAAUGGCCGAUGAGCACUGAUACAUUUGAUCUAUAAUUUCUCUUCAUUAUUUCCCUUCAUAUGACAAGGAUUAAAAAGGAUUUGCCAGUAGAUUGUCGACUUGAUUCAUGAUGAUGACUGCUAGCUAAGAUUUUGAAAGUAUGAUGUUCACAUGAUCAGUCCAAUCAAAGCUACUGUAGAUAUAACGUGAUUUGACGUCAUUUUAUCUGUGGCCAAUGACCUUGAGUCUUCUUGGAUGGGCACUUCUAAUGUAACUCUAUGGCAGCACCCAAGGGGCUUGAGUUUUCUAGCUCUACUCUUAGACUUGGUGGUGACGUAGUGUCCCCAUGAGUGACAGAACACUGAGCCAAUCAUGGCGCAACACUCCGUAUUUUCUGCUGUCUUGCCCCACCACAACAGAAAGCACUGAGCUAGGCAGAAACACCUGCAUUUUGGAGCUGCCUUACUCAAGAAAACAAAAAAGAGACCAUGUUUGUAUGCAGCUUUAUUAACUCAAUGAUAUAUAUUUUUUUUACAUUGUUUGCAAACUGAUAUGUGACACGUAUUAAUGCUAAAAUAACAUGCAAAACAGGCAAGCCCCCUCCAAAAAUAAUAAUAAUGUGGGGGUCGUCACUGGAUACACACAUAAAUACAUGCACACACACACAUACACACACACACACACACACACACACACACACACACACACACACACACACACACACACAUGUAUAGAGAGAGAGAUCGACACACACACACACACACACACAGAUACAAACAGAUACACACAGAGAGAAAUAGACACACAUACACACAUACACACACACCCUUAUAGUAUGAAAAUGUAUGCACUCACUAACUGUAAGUCACUCUGGAUAAGAGCGUCUGCUAAAUGACUAAAAUGUAAAUGUAAAUGUAGUAGGCUACAUGUAGCAUUCUACUCGUUAGGCCUAUUCUCCAGACAUCUGAUAACGUGACAGGGUGUGUGUCUAUAUGUAGAAGGCAUGACUAACUGAUUAUUGCUGCUCAGCUUGUACUUUAGACCGUAACACAGCAGUAUAUACCUCUGGGAACACACAGCAACAUAGUAACCAUGGAGAGGGCUAUUCCUUAUGUAGUGCACUACUUUUGACCAUAGGGCUCUGGGCCUGGUUUCCCAAAAGCAUCUAAAGGCUAAGUUCAUCAUUAGAACCAUUCUAACGAUUAACUUAGCCUUAAGAAGCUUUUAGGAAACUGGCCCUGGUCAAAAUAAGUGCACUAUGUAGGAAAUAGUGUGCCAUUUGGGAAGCACACCCUGAGUCGGUCAGUAUCCAAGCAAAGCUGUAAAUCCAUAGUAACGUACAUGACAUUAUGACUGUCUGUUUGUAUCUGAAAGGUACUCUGCACUCCUUUACCUUUUAUGUACACAGUCCAAGCUUUAUUCAUUAGCAUCACUAUAAUCAUCAUCACUAUUAUCAUCACUAUCAUCAUCAUCAUCAUCAUCAUCAUUAUAAUCAUCAUCACUAUCAUGAUAAUCAUCAUCAUUAUCAUCAUCGUGAUCAUCAUCAUCAUCAUCAUCAUCACUAUCAUCACUAUAAUCAUCAUUGCUAUUAUCAUCAUCAUUAUAAUCAUCAUCACUAUCAAGAUAAUCAUCAUCAUCAUUAUCAUCAUCAUCACUAUCAUCACUAUAAUCAUCUUUCUUCUCUCUGAAUGUUCCCCAGGCUCUGUCAUUCAGCUUCACCAAAGACGUUCACACAGAUUUCCAGACACUCAAUGCAGAUAUCAACUCUCCCUCUGCAUCUUACAUCCUGAAACUGGCCAACCGUCUGUAUGGAGAGAAGACCUGCAACUUCCUGACCGUGAGUUUCACUAUAAACUAUACUUUUCAUGCAAGUCAUAGCACCUUUACAUCUGUACUCUUUCAUUUUGCUUCGGUAUAGCAUUGGACAAAAUACCUCAAAAUCAGACAUUUGCUAUUUGAUUAUCAAUCAAUCAAUAUAUUUUAUUAUUGAUUAUAAACUGGGUGGUUCGAGCCCUGCAUGCUGAUUGACUGACAGCUGUGGUAUAUCAGACCAUAUACCACGGUUAUGACAAAACAUUUAUUUGUACUGCUCUAAUUACGUUGGUAACCAGUUUAUAAUAGCAAUAAGGCACCUUGUGGGUUUGUGGUGUAUGGCCAAUAUACCACGGCCAAGGGCUGUAUGCAGGCACUCGGCGUUGUGUUGUGCUUAAGAACAGCCCUUAGCCGUGGUAUAUUGGCCAUAUACCACACCCCCUCGGGCCUUAAUGCUUAAUUAUACAUCUGCAUACAUGAGGCUAGUUAAUCUUAUGGAACUGUUUCACUCUGCUGUAGGAGUUCUUAGACUCCACCCAGACAUUCUACUAAUCUAUAAAAUGUUAUUACAUUUACAGGCAUACAGGGGUAAUAAUGACAUACCCAACGUUCUCUAGUAAUACUAGUCCUGUGCGAAAAGGGUUUUUAUUGAUACGGACAAAAGACUGACUGUGUUAUUACUGUCUGCUGUCUGAGAAUCCACCCAGAAGUUCUACUGUACAUCUCUUUAUGCUUAUUGAACUGUUUCACUCUGACGUAGGAGUUCUUAGAAUCCACCCAGAAGUUCUACCAUGCAGACAUGAAGGCAGUGGACUUUCUCGGAGCAGCAGAGGAGACCAGAGGACAAAUCAAUGGCUGGGUGGAGAAGCAGACAGAGAGUAUGAUCAUUUACUAUAUCAAUUAGUUAAUCAAUCACAUGUAUUAUCCCAGUUGGGAAAUGUGUAGUGCAAUACAUGGGGGGGAAGACAACAGAAAUAAAACAACAUACACUUAACACACACAUUAGAUUAGAUUAAAAAACAGCAACAAUCGGAUCUGUAACUAGGAUCAGCUAACAUGGAACUCAACAUGUGAUGAAUAUAUCUGUCUAUGCCUACCGACAGCAUUAGAGCCAGAUGGGACCUCUGGUUUCAGAGCUGCUUUUGGUUUAGUUUUUUUAAUUGUGUGUGUGUGUGCGCGUGCGCACGUGCGUUUACAGAUAAAAUCAAAGAUCUGCUGAAGCAGGGGACAGUCAGUGGUAUGACAAAGCUGGCUCUAGUCAACGCCAUCUACUUCAAAGGAAACUGGCUGAACAGAUUUGACCAGAAUGACACCAAAGAGAUGCCCUUCAAACUAAACCAGGUGGAUAUUGGCAGUAAUAUUUAGAUAGAUAUAUAUGCUCAGUAAUGAAAUAAUGGAAUUAUAUAUAAUUAUUUACUGGAUAAUAGGAUUAUAUACUAAACUGCUAAAAUAUAUGGUUCUACUUAAAACCAAAAAGGGUUCAAUGGCUCGCUUCAUAUGGCCCUUCUUUUUAGCAGUGGUACAAGUUUGACACAUUUAUGCGUCAUCCAAGAGACAAAACAAACUUUCAGGUUAUACUGUAUAGGCCUAUUGUGAGUUAUAUGGUGUUCAGAUGAACUCAUUCUCCUCGUCUAUAAUGAUUUUUCAGAGUGAGAGCAAGCCAGUUCAGAUGAUGUACCAGAUGAAGAAGUUCCCCUUUAACUACGUCCCAGACUAUAACCUCCAGAUCGUAGAGCUUCCUUAUGUGGACGAGGAGCUCAGUAUGUUUGUCCUGCUGCCUGAGGAGGCCGCUGACGGAUCUGAUCCUCUAGCGAAGGUAUACACAACUUCCUAUAACUGCAUAGUUGAUUGAUGCGUGGGGUGUUUGCCUUUCACACCAGCGACCAGGGUUCACUUCCCUGUCCCUCUGUUCGCUACACUACAAGACAUUGGUUUCCUUACCCUGUAAGCAGCUGAUGGACAAGGUAUGACAGCAAUCCAUGCUUUGGUUUUGUUUCCCUGGCACUGUUUCCAAAUGCUAAUGUUUUAGCAUUUGUGGCCCAAAACCAAUGCAAAUCAGCAUUUGUUGCGCAUCAUUUGGCACUAGGUGGUGUACUUGGGUCAGGCCCGGGAAGACUACUGAAAAUCCACUACUACUAUAUAAUUUAUAAUCUGAUGUAUGGAGUGUUGUCAAUGCUACUUAUUCUAUAUACUGACUGUGUUUUAACUGUGUGUUUCAACGCUACUCUUUCUCACUAUACUGACUGUUUUAACUGUGUGUACCAUUUAGCUGGAGAGAGAGCUGACCAUGGAGAAACUGGACGAGUGGACCACCAGGUCCAACAUGGACACAGGCACGGACAUCAGAGUUCAUCUACCCAAGUUCAAACUGGAGGAGGACUACGAGCUGAAUGAUCCCCUGGCCCAGAUGGGCAUGAAGGAUGUGUUCGUCGGGGGCAUGGCUGACCUGUCUGGGAUGAAUGGGGAGGGGGGGCUCUUCCUGUCUACGGUGGCCCAUAAGGCCUUUGUGGAGGUGAACGAGGAGGGGACGGAGGCUGCAGCCGCCACUGCUGGGAUGAUAGCGUUCUGUAUGUUCCGAGAGGAACACUUCACGGCUGACCACCCCUUCCUCUUCUUCAUCAGGCACAACAAGACCAAAAGCAUCCUCUUCCUUGGGAGGUUUUCCUCUCCUCAGUAGAAGAAUAGUUAAAAAGCGUAAAUAUUUAACAUAAUUUACAACAUUUAUUUGACAGGGACAUUGAACAUCAAUCAACAUUUCUGUAAAUGUGCCAGAUUUAGCCAGCUAGCUAGUUCCAUCAGCACUUGAUUCAAUCCACUAUAAAACCAAAUAAAGGAAAAUGUCU